AUGCGAUUGAUAAUUAGAAAUCAUGCGAUAAACAUGCGAAUUGGUGAUGCAUUUCAAUGGGUAUAUAAAAAGGCAACACACUCGCCCAUUAUUAAAGUUUACUGGUUUUCGCAGCCAUAAUGAUCAAGUUCACGAUAAUUUGCCUUUCUUUCGCAUGCGCAUUGGGGGCUGAACCAUUGCUUUGCAUGCGCUAUUGCGGAAACGAAGAUGCAAGCUUAACUUGCGCAACCAAUGGUGAUAGUUAUUUGCUGUUCAAGAACGAAUGCGAGCUGAAGAAUAAGGAAUGCACUAGCGGAGAAACUUGGACUACAAGUUCAUUAACCAAAUGCCUGAAUAAUGUUAUCCCAAUCAAGAGUCCGAUAGUUGGCGUCCCCGAAAAGCCUGUGAUUGAAAUUCCGGAAAAGCCAGUUUUGUUGUCGCAGCGAGCAGGAUGUGUAAGGCCAUGCUAUCUGUUAUAUCAACCAGUUUGCGGAUAUGAUGGAAAUGAAUAUAAAGCCUUCGACAAUGAUUGCUUCAUGUCUACCGCGAAUUGCAACAGGGAUGCAAGUACAAGUUUCCUUGCUGUUGGGCCUGAAAAAUGCAACAUUCAACCUGUCACGUCUAAUUGAUUCUAUUGUCUCUCAAACUAAACAAUAAAUUUGAAAAUACAUUUUAAA